CAGGAAGACGAUGCUCCCCUCGGCUCUGUGUUGCCGCCUCACUUAAAACAUGUUCCCAAACUUCUUGUUGCAGUCUUGUAUAACGCGAUAUUUUCAUGAUUUCAAUCAGGGUUACAGGAGCUGUAACAACCAAAACAAAAUUCACAUUUUAAUUCUAGAACGGGAAAGCUCUCUGCUAAGUUUGCUCUCGAGCUGAUACAUCAAAUUACUCCACGAGGACGACUGAACCCGAAAUGGACACCGAAUGGACAAAAGAAAACAUUUCGAAGCUUCUGAAUGCGAUGAAAGCAAACAUCUCGGAGCGUGACCGUUGGAGAAUUUUUUCCUACGGACUCAAGACGCUCGACUGGAAGGAGGUGGCCUUUCCUCCAUUUUCCCCCAAAGAUUGCCAAGAAAGGUGGAACAUCCUCUCGCAAAAGAUACGCAAGAUUCGAACACUCACAGAGCUUGUGGAUGAAGCCGCUGAUGAAUUUUCUCAUUCGCCCAAAAAGCACCUGUAUGGGAUGAAAAACCGGUUUGCCCGUGUGAAACGCAAAAGGAGGUUACGGGAUGCAUCUAAAAAUACAGCGGGCGAUGAGCAGGGCGCGCAGAAGAAGAGGAAGUGUUGUUCCAAGGAGACGCACCAAGAUCAUUACGAAUCGAGCUCGGACGAAUCCACAGGGGAACCCCGACCCUCGCAGCCCCCCCUGAGCGGUUACCUCCUGUACUGCAAAGAGCAGCUGGCGCGCUCCAAGGGCGUCCCCAAAGGGGACAAUUUUCGCGCCUGCGCCCGGCGGUGGCGCGAGUUGAACGCCGACGAGAAGGAGAGCUACACUGAACGCUGUAUGAAGAUGAAGAGACACUACGCCAAGGCAAUGAAGGAUUAUCUGUCGAAAACCCGGUACCACCUGAACGAUACCAACAAGGAUACCAGACCCUCAGAUUCCGAGGAUGAAGACUUUGAGGUCAGCAGCGGCGGCGGCGAAGAAGUAGAGGAACAGGUUUUGGAUUCCAGUGAGGGGGGCGACGACGAUGGCGCGGGGGACGUCUUCGAUAUGUUUUAGAUGGACGUUGCUCUCAUUUCACGUCAAAUCAUGGAGAACUUGCACAGUCAUGCUGCAAAACUGGGACACAUUUGUUAAUAUUGUAUUUAUUGUGGAAAAAAAUGUAUAAAGUGCCAUGUUUGUUUUGAUAUGGACAAAGACUUUUAUUUUUGUUGAUAAAUGUACAUGGUAGAAGACUUAAAAUUAAUCAAUUUUGAUACAAUGGAAAAUGAAUACUCUGGUGUGUUUUUUUUUGGGAGGCGGGGGGCAUCAUGGCUGCUAUUUUCCACAUUCCAGAAAUUCAGUUUUACCAGAAUUCCACAUAUUCUGCAAAAGAUAAAUAAUAAUUCACAAUGAUACAUUCAACAAAAGUGUUCCACAUCAUUCUUGGUCCUAUUCAAACGGUUUAUAUUUAUUUUAUUCAGAACAUAUUGAGAACAAUUUUCCACAUUCCAAUAAUCGCCACCUUCCCCAAAUUUUAGUUUUCACAGAAAAAUUUUCCAACUUUCUCCAAAUCCUACAUUGAGGAGAUUUUAUGUAAUCCUCCUCCUCUUCCCACAUUUGACAGACUCAAACCAUUCAAAUAACUUUCCACAUUUUAGGAAGUUCAUCUCAACUCCACACUUGACAAUGAAUUCCUCACAUUUAUACAAUAUUUGACAUAUUUCCCUUAUUCAGCAGUUCUUGAUUGAGUCGAACCAACUAUGAAAUAUUUUCCGCAUUCUAAAGUUCCAACAAAAAAUCCCUAAACUUCCACAGUAACAAUCACCAAUUUUGAGCAAUUCAUGACAUUCCGACUUCCAAAUAUUGCCGUGCUCCUUCACAAUAAAAUUGUGAAAAAUAAAAAGUUUUUUGGGGAGAGGCUCCAGCACCCCCGCGACCCUUGUGAGGGUGAGCGGCUUGGAAAACAUAACGGAACAAUUCCCAACUUUUCCAUAUCUUCAUCAACUUUUAAAUCGUAAACUUUUUUUUAAGACCUCUUGGGAACAAAACCCCCAAAAUGAAGACACAUUUUAAAUUAUUUCACAUUUCUUAAACAAAUCCUUUUCCAUUCAAUU